AUGCUGGGCUCCGCGCAGGCCAGAUCCGCCCCGUUCCAGUCCUCCCCCGCCGCCCCGCCAGCUGUCACUCAUCAGAAGCCCUGCUGCAGCCACGGCAAGAACCGGGAGAGCGAGAAAAUGGCUGUUCCCCCUGCUUAUGCUGACCUCGGAAAAUCUGCCCGAGACAUCUUUACCAAAGGAUAUGGAUUUGGUUUAGUAAAGUUGGAUUUGAAAACAAAAUCUGAAAAUGGAUUGGAGUUUACAAGCUCAGGUUCAGCAAACACAGAAACAAGCAAAGUUACUGGAAGUUUGGAAACCAAGUAUAGAUGGACAGAAUAUGGCUUGACUUUCACAGAGAAAUGGAAUACUGACAACACACUAGGAACAGAGAUAACUGUAGAAGAUCAGCUUGCACGUGGACUGAAGCUGACCUUUGACUCCUCAUUUUCUCCUAAUACUGGAAAGAAGAAUGCUAAAGUUAAGUCUGGAUACAAGCGGGAACAUAUCAACAUGGGAUGCGACAUGGAUUUUGAUAUUGCAGGUCCAUCAAUACGUGGUGCCUUUGUUGUUGGCUAUGAAGGUUGGCUGGCUGGCUACCAAAUGACUUUUGAAACCACUAAAUCCAGAAUAACUCAGAGCAACUUUGCUGUAGGCUAUAAGACUGAUGAAUUUCAGCUUCACACCAAUGUGAAUGAUGGUACAGAAUUUGGUGGUUCUAUUUAUCAGAAGGUCAAUGACAAAUUGGAAACUGCUGUUAAUCUUGCUUGGACAGCUGGAAACAGCAACACUCGCUUUGGAAUAGCAGCCAAAUAUCAAAUUGACCCAGAUGCAUCUUUCUCUGCUAAAGUGAAUAAUUCCAGCCUGAUUGGUUUAGGAUAUACUCAGACUUUGAAGCCAGGUAUCAAAUUGACAUUGUCCGCUUUGUUGGAUGGGAAGAACGUUAAUGCAGGUGGCCACAAACUAGGUCUAGGACUGGAAUUUGAAGCAUAAAAGAAGGGAUCGUACUGUUGCUAAUUCUGAGAUGCUUUACAGAAUAGCUACCUUCUAAAUUUAGUGUACUUUUUCAAUGUUUUAUGUCUGGGAUAAAAUUAUUGCCAUGUGUCAGUCAUGUUGAACCUGGUUAAAGAUGGCAAAGUUUCAAAAUGUGUUUCCAGGGAAGGAUGUUUCCUGUGGUUCCAGACCUCUUGGGGAAUGUUUAUUGGAUGUAACUGUUACAUGAAGGUCUGCUUCUGUCUUUAAUCUUUUUUUGAGGAUAACAGCUGGUGUAAAGAAAGACAGUCUUGAAGUUCAUGCUUU